CAAUAAAGUAUUAAUGCAUAGAGGAAUGGGACACCUUAAUUUUAACCAUUUACACAACACAAAAACCUCCCCACCACUCCGCUGUCAUUUUGUGUUCCAAAGAUUUUCCGGCCAUCGGAGACGAUGAAGUAUUAAUUACAGAAAGGUGGUGCAGAUACGCUAACUAUCGGAAAACCAUCUUUUACUUCUUUCAUAUACGUGAGUUCCACUUUCCCUCCGAUAAAUCUCUGGAUUUUUUACCUUGUCAUCCAACUCUACAGCAUUCGAAUUCAGUUAGGGUUUUUCACACUUGAAUUAUGAUCUUGAGUUUGUAUUAGUUCCAUGAAUGCGAUUAUGAAUCAGUGUUUUGUUAAUUAGUACUACCGAAUCUGAUUCUGUGCUUUAGGUCGCAGUUUCAUCGUCUGUUUCGGAUUCAAUCUUUACGAUUCCUACAAAUUUUCCCCGAUACGAUUUGUUGGCUUUUUGUUUUCUUUUUAUCAAAGGACUGGGAUCGAACCUCUCCGGCGCCAUUGGGGGACAAGCUCCGUUGGCCUUGCAAUUUCUUGUUGAAACCGUAGCUGAAGUUUCAACUAGUUUUGAAGAUCAACUAAUGUUUUUUGAUCUUAGCUUCUCGACAAUGGCGGACUCUUGGUUCUUUACUUUGACUUUUGUGGAAUUUAUUGGAUAAUCAUCCAAUCAUCUCAAACACCUCUUCCAAUGUGGUUUCAUUUCAUUUUCGUCUGAAUCCCUCCCUAUUAGCCGAAAGAACAGUUGAUUCUCUCAAUUUUCUUGAAAUAUUUUUGUGGGAUUGAUUAUAUCUGUUUACUUGAGUCUAUAAGAAUGGUGGUUUGAAUUACAUUUUGGUAACAAAAAGUUUUUAUGAUGUUCCCAAAUGAGAAAAUCUGAUGUUAUUAUCAGUGGAAGGAGGAGGGUUUUUUUCAUCUUCAGCUUUAGGGUAUAGUAAGGGCCUAACCCUUCUACUCUUGGGUAAAAAGACCAAAGAAACCCCCAUGAGAGUUACACCCUGGAAUCAGUACCAGUUGGUGGACCAAGAAUCCGAUUCCGACCUCCAUCAAUCCGAUUCCGGCCUCCAUCAUUCCGAUUCCGGCCUUCAUCUGGCUUCCAACAAGAACCGUAUUAUCCGCGGCUGCGCUUCCUAUCUCUGCUUUGGUCGCGCAGCCGCUGGACUCGAUAGUCCCUGCCCUUUAAAAGUGGGCCCUACCCACCACCACCACCAAGACCUGCAGGAUCCUCUCAAAAGUCCUGAUUUGGAAAAAGUCAAAGAAAAAGUCAUUCAUUUGGAUGUUGUUGAUGAUGAUGAUGAUGAUGAUAUUAAUGUCAGAAACACAUGUUUGCUUAGAAACAGCUUGAGGAGACCUGCAAGAACUAUUUCAGUCUCUGUUGCUGUUGAUAAAGAGGGUGAGAAUGAAGGUGAGGGGAAACAUGUACAAAUACAACAAAAUGAAAAAAAUGGUGUGGAUCAUAUUCAUAAACAAAAACAAAGGAGAGUUCAAUGGACGGAUGUUUCAGGGGGUGAUCUUUUUAUGGUCCGGGAAUUUGAGCCCAGUGAACACAGUGGGUCAGAUGAUGAAUAUGAUAAUGGGAUUGAAAGAAGUUGUUCUUGCAGAUUAAUGUAGUUUCAGUGCCAGAGUUUUUCCCCCAAAACCAGAGACUGCUUCGUAUUUUCUUAACCACCAAUGUUUAUUCCAUUGGAUUCUUCACCGCUAGUGAUCACAUCUUUUUGUCUAUAUUCCAUUUCUUUUGGAUUUCAAUUUUGUUCUUCUUUUUCUUUCUAAGUUUUUGUGUUGUUUUCAUUUGUUUCAUUGUAAUUAACACCCUUUUGUUCCCUUUUCCCCCUAGUUUUGUCGCUUGAUGUUAAUCGAGAUUUUGAGAGUAAAUCGUCUUUCGUCAAUUGCUGUUUGUAUGAUGAAAAUAUUGAGUGUGUUUGAACUUUAUGUUGCUGCUGUUGCUCUUUCAUCGAGUCCAUGUUUUUAUUUUUCGUUAUUAUCUAAUGAGAAUUAACUUAAGG